AUGACUGGAUUGUAUUUCGUGAGCAAAGUUCCAGACGUUGAGAAGCAGAGCAUAGUGCCGAAUCAGGCAGGGCAAAAGCCAGAAAGAGCAUCUGAAAAUCUUUAUCAGCCCAGGACUCUCAAAUUCUGGCUAAUUAUAUCAUGCAAUCUUCUUUCCCUCUUUGUCGUCACAUUGGAUCGGACAAUUGUCAGCACUGCUAUUCCUCGUAUCACAGAUGAGUUCGAUAGUCUGGGCGACAUUGGCUGGUACGGUUCGGCAUUCUUGCUCACGGGAGCAACUUCCCAGCUUCUCUAUGGCCGCAUAUACCGAGCUUACGAUAUGAAGCGUGUAUUCCUACUUUCCAUUGUAGUUUUCGAAAUCGGUUCUGCCAUCUGUGGCGCUACCCCCAACUCAGGCGCCUUCAUAGCUGGACGUGCUAUAGCUGGGCUCGCAUCCGCAGGGGUCUUCUCGGGGUGCAUGCUCAUCAUAAUACCCAUGAUUCCGCUGCACAAGAGACCUAUGUUUCAAGGCAUGUUUGGAGGAGUCUUCGGGGUUUCUAGUGUUAUGGGGCCCUUGGUCGGUGGGGCCUUCACCAGCUCGGUCACCUGGAGAUGGUGCUUUUACAUCAAUCUUCCUAUCGGAGCAGUAACACUGAUACUUUUGUUCUUGAUAUGGGAUCCGCCGAAGUCAAACCACGAACCUGCUUCCAUUGGGACUCAUCUAAAACGGCUCGAUCCUCUGGGCAUGUUUUUCUUCGUGCCAGCCAUUGUCUCUCUGCUGCUAGCUCUACAAUGGGGCGGCUCGACCUACUCGUGGAGUAAUAAUCGAAUAAUUACACUCUUCGUUCUGUUUGGUGUCCUGCUCUUGCUCUUUGCCGCCGUUCAGAUCCUCAGACCAGAAACGGCAACGAUACCAACAAGGGUAAUCACUCAAAGAAGCAUGCUUUGCGCAGCUCUUUACACCCUCUGUAUAUCGAGCUCCAUGAUCUUGAUGGUCUACUUUCUUCCGAUCUGGUUCCAAACUGUCCAACUCGUCAGCCCCAUCAAGUCAGGCAUCUACACGUUACCGCUCAUGCUCAGUAUGGUUCUCGCAACCUUCAUAGCAGGGCUCAUGACGCAGAAGACUGGAUACUAUGUCCCGGCCAUGUACAUAUGCCCAUGUAUCUUGUCUGUUGGCCUAGGUUUGAUGUCCACUUUCAACCUCAACACCGACUCAUCCCAUUGGAUCGGCUAUCAAUUCCUAUCUGGUUUCGGCCUGGGCUUUGGAAUGCAAGUCUCGGGCCUCGUUGUCCAGAGAGUCCUCCCGCUUGCUGAUGUACCGAUCGGAAUCGCACUCGUAUUCUUCCUGCAGCAGCUCGGUGGUAGUGUCUUUGCUACAAUUGGUCAAUCGAUUCUUACUAACUAUCUUAUAUCUCAGCUCUCAGACAUUCCAGGUCUAGAUACAAGAAAGAUUUUUAAUAAUGGUGCUACUAACCUAGCUUCCAUUGUCCCGCCUGAGUAUAUGGUUCAAGUGCAGCAGGCGUACAACGGGGCUUGCACGAAAAUCUUCCUCGCUGCAAUGGGGGUCUCGCUUGCUGGACUGCUUGCCUCUCUUGGUAUGGAAUGGAAGAGCAUUAAAAGGGGGAAGAAUGGGCAAGACGAACCUACGCAGACAUCGGAGCAUAAGGGGUUGGAUGGGAAUGCGUAA